CUAUACCUUCUAAUCAGAGAGCUGCGCGAUGACGUACGUGAAGUUAAAGCCAAACUAAGAUGGCAACGGAGCGAACAAAGUAAUGAACUAUCAAGUCAAGUACUAGAUGAUGUGUAUACAAACAUUGUAAAGCACCUGUUCCCUCAAGAUGUGUACUCCUCCCAAAGCACCUUUAAGGAAUCCCUUAAGGAUUAUUUCGAGAAAAUGUAUCCUGAAUUUAUGUCAAAUAUAAGCACAAAUGAAUUUACCAACCGGUUCCAUGCCGAAUGGUCUAUUGUUAUUAAUUUUAAACUAGUUUUUACAGUAGAUAUUUCAGAUAUUUCAAAA